AUGAUUUUGUCAUUUGGACCGACGGUACCAUUGAUACAAAAAAGCAACGAGUCACAAGAUACACUCACCGAAUUGCUUAAAGUGGUUAAAAAUGUGAAAGGUUUUAGAAAGCCGGAACAAUGUAUUGAGUGGCUGGAGGAAAAUCCUGAAAAGAAAGCGUUUGUCAUAUGUUCCGGUAGCUUGGGCCGGGAAUUAGUUCCAAGGAUUCACGACGAGUCAACGCCGGAUACUAUCUACAUCUUUUGUGGCUGCAAAGAGCAGCACGAGGAGUGGGCAUGCCUACGCGAUACUUCUAAUCCAGGUUCAACUGAUGAUGAUGGCAAUCAAGGAAGUAUUAAGAUCAAUCAAGAACAACACGAAAAUUGCUUGCAUAGAUAUAGUAACCCAGACGAUGUGAGCACACCAGAUUCUACAAUAAUUUCAGACCCUGAUAAAAAAUCUUAUCGAUAUUCUGCGUCGCCGAUCGAUGGCAGACCAAAACCUAGUCUAUCGCAAAGCUCUGUGUGUGAUACAGAACCUGAUUCAAAAAAGAGUGACUACGAUCCGGUCAAAAUUUCAGUGCCGGUACGAUUAGCUUCUAAUGAUUCCGACUCAUCUUCUAAACCAAUAUCCGAUGAUAAAAUCACUCCUAGUAAUCAUAUUCAUGAAGAUAAAUUCCCAUCGAUUUCGAUCAAAUCUGUUCCUUUAACAUCAUCGCCCUUUGCAAAAAAGAUACCCGAACAACAAGAACAAAUUGAAGAAUCAUUCACCAAAGCGCGAAGAUUUACUAUUAAUUUCCCUGAUGGUAGGUCGCAAGCUUUCUUUUGGAGAGGCGAAAAAAUAUGCGAACAAUUCAAGAAAAUAUUUGACGACAAUACAUAUGAUUUGAACAAUUUUGUUGUUGUGGACAACAAGCAAAUCUUCAUUGAUUUUAUAAACAAUAACCGACUACCACAUCGAUUGGUACCUCAAUAUGAUAUUAUUCAACGGGAUUUGUUGAUUUCAAUCCAUUUUUACUAUAAAAAUAAUACAUUUAAAUAUUUGAUCAAACCAAAUUGUGAAAUUGCGGAUAUUAUUGAUCAUUUCAUUGGCGAGAAUAAUAUUCGAUCAACAUCACCCGAUGCAUAUCUUUGUUUUUUCGACAAACUUGGAAAAAUUAUUCAAGCCGGAAAAAUGAAUGAAAUUCUUAAAGUCAACGAUAAUUCAUUACCUUUUCAUGUAACUGUUGAAGAAAUGACAAGCAGUACAAGUGAACUAUGUGACCUCACUAUUCAAUUAUCAAAAGCUGAAGAUACAAAAGCACUAUUUUACCCCUAUACGGAAUGGCGAAAAAUAAAUUUAUGGUUGAAAACUCACAUGCCAAUAUUGGAUCCUUCCAUUGGUGAGUAUGUUUAUUGGCAUAGACAUCAAAAGUCUGUUAUUUAUGAAAACCAAACAAUUUCUUCGACAAUAAUGGAGAUUACACCUACUAUAAUUGAUUGCAUUAGUCCAAAUGCUCUAAUCAAUGUUAUUUUGUCCUAUGAUACCAGCCGAGAAACAAUUUUGACCUUAAAGUCUUUACCACUUACUGAUCUACUGAACAAUGAAACAUUAUUGAAGCCAUUAAAAUUCGAAAAUUCGCUGCGUGAUCAUGUUCUUGUUCUAGAAGACAGAAAUAACCAGGUAAUAUCAGAAGACAGUAUGCAACAAUCUGUCGGUUCUUAUUUGGUUAGCGAUGAUGAAUCCAUUCGCUUUCGAAUAUGUUUAUUAAUUGAAAUAUCAACAUAUGACAAAGCUCUAGAAAUACAAAUGCAAAUAUCAAAUAGAAAUAUAACUAUCGGGGAUCUUCUUCAAUUUCCACAACUGAAACAUGAUUCAUACAAAUAUUUGGCCUCAAGUAAAACACAACAAGUGAUAUCGAAUAACGAAAAACUUUCAAAUUUAGAUGAAAGAAAAUUAAUUUUUGUCAGAGAGAGUGAAACAUGUUUUGUUUCAAUUGAAACAUCAAAUGAAUCACAUAGUAUGACAGCUACCGCAGAAAAUGUAGUACACCAACAAUUAUUAGUCUAUGCAACACUUGAUACUGUCUACAAAACGAACAGCAUUGACGAUGAAUACCAACAUCUUUUAUGUGCGAAUGAUUUUGUUCCAUCAAUGACAACUAAACUAAAUACGUUACAAGAAAAUUCAACUAUUCGAUUUACACUAAUUAAUGGCAAUUUACCAGUUGCAGUUCAAGUGUCUACAAGUUUGAAUGAUGAAAAAUAUUCAAUACAAUUUCAUUGUAAACAUGAAAUCACAAUUGAACGUUUGCGCCAGAUUGCAUGUAAAUUGUUAAAUGUGAAGAAUGAAUUUUAUCAAUUGACGAUAGAUGAUGUUAUUUUGGACGAUAAUGAAAUGUCACUGGAUGCGAUCGAUCCAGAUUCAACCAAUAUUCAAUUACAUUUAGUUUGCAAGGCUGUUAUGAAUAGUUUAAUAACAUAUGAAAAUAAGACAAUUACACUACCAUGCAAUAAAGAAACACUUGUUUCAAGCGUAUUAGACCAAGCUUGUUCAUCAUUUUGUAUUACAAGAGAGGAAACUUGCGUCUAUACAUUAUAUGCAUUGGAUGCUGAUCAAACACAAAUUGACUCGGCUAUGACUGUCAAUGAUAUAUGCGGCUUGUUUCCUGAAAAGCAAACAAAAAUACCAUUGUUAAUGAAAAAGAACAGAGUGCUGAAGAAACACUAA